CGGGGGCAAGUACCUCGGCUCUGCUGCUCCGGAGCGUGAGCCGGCCAGGGGGAGGGUGUGUGCGCGCCGGGGGAGGUGGGGGCAGGAUUAGAGGGAAGCGGCGGCCCCGCCCUCUCCCUUCACCCUGGGAUAGAGCCGAGGGGGAGAUGGCCCGGGAGAGGCGGCACUGGCACCAUGGCAUUACCCAGCCUGCUGGUGGCUCUGAUUUUAGGGACGACCUCCGCAGCGGGCAGCUUUGACGCGGCCUCUCUUAACCCUCCCCUUGCCCCUGCUCAUGGCUCGCAGCAUCCCCGCUCGCCCCGCGCCCCGCCGGCCCCGCAGCACCAGCCCGGCUGCCCUGGAGGCGAGGGGUCAGGGGGGCGCUUUGUCAACGUGACUGAGUUCGGCGCCGAGUGCCUGCCCUGGGCGGAGGUGCCCACUUUCCUGGAGAAGACCCCCCAGGGGAAGGGGCUGCGGGGCCAGCACAACUUCUGCAGGAACCCCGACGGCAGGAGCAGACCCUGGUGCUUCUACAGGAACAGCCGGGGCAGGGUGGACUGGGGCUACUGUGACUGCAAACAAGGGUCAGUGCGACUUCGAGGUGGCAAAAAUGAGUUUGAAGGCACAGUUGAAGUUUAUUUGAAUGGAAUUUGGGGAACAAUCUGCAGCAGUCAUUGGGACAAUAAUGAUGCAUCAGUUAUAUGUCGGCAGCUUGAGCUUGGCAAAAGAGGUACAGCAACGUAUACACCAUUUUCUGGACUGGGCCUUAUCCCUGUUUAUUGGAGUGAUGUACGUUGCCAUGGUGAUGAAGAAACUAUACUGCUGUGUGAAAAAGACAUCUGGCAGGGCGGAACAUGUCCUCAAAAAAUGGCAGCUGCUGUCAUGUGUAGCUUUUCCCAUGCCUUUAUUCCAAUCCGUCUGGCUGGCGGGAGCAAUGCUCAUGAAGGAAGAGUGGAAGUCUACCACACUGGCCAAUGGGGGACUGUCUGUGAUGACCAGUGGGAUGAUGCAGAUGCUGAAGUUGUCUGUAGGCAGCUGGGCCUUGGGGGAGUAGCCAAGGCAUGGAGCCACGCUUACUUUGGAGAAGGCUCAGGCCCCGUGCUGCUGGACGAAGUACGUUGUACAGGGAACGAGCUGUCCAUAGAACAGUGUCCAAAGAGCUCCUGGCGAGAACACAACUGUGGCCACAAAGAAGAUGCAGGAGUUUCCUGCACACCUCUUACAGAUGGUGCAAUAAGACUAGCAGGUGGGAAAGGCAGUCAUGAAGGACGUCUGGAGGUACAUUACAGCAGGCAGUGGGGCACAGUCUGUGAUGACGGGUGGACUGAGCUGAAUACACAGGUGGUCUGUCGGCAGCUGGGAUUUAAGUAUGGCAAAAGUGCAGCAGAAAGCUACUCAGAAGAGAGUACUAGGCCUAUCUGGUUGGAUGAUGUCAGCUGCUCAGGAAAAGAAUCAACCAUCCUUCAGUGCUCAAAGAGAGAGUGGGGAAAGCAUGACUGCAGCCAUCAGGAGGAUGUCAGAAUAACCUGUCACCCAGAUAAUGACAGCCAUAGAUUCUCACUGGGUCCUCCCAUCAGGCUGAUGGAUGGUGAGACUAAGAAAGAAGGACGUGUGGAGAUUUUUAUCAAUGGUCAGUGGGGCACAAUUUGUGAUGAUGGAUGGUCUGAUAAGGAUGCAGCUGUGGUCUGUCAACAGCUUGGCUACAAAGGCUCAGCUAGAGCAAGGACUAUGGCAUAUUUUGGGGAAGGGAAAGGACCAAUCCACGUGGAUAAUGUGAAAUGUACAGGAAAUGAGAGAUCCCUGGCAGACUGCAUAAAACAGGAUAUUGGAACACACAACUGCCGUCACAGUGAAGAUGCUGGCGUGAUCUGCGACUACCUUGGCAAGAAGGCCUCUGGGAACAGUAAUAAAAAUUCCCUUGCUUCUGUUUGUGGAUUGAGGUUACUGCAUCGUCGACAGAAGCGGAUAAUUGGUGGGAAAAAUUCUUUAAGGGGCGGCUGGCCCUGGCAGGUUGCCCUCCGACUGAAAUCAUCUCAUGGUGAUGGAAGACUCUUAUGUGGCGCCACACUCAUCAGCAGCUGCUGGGUGCUCACUGCAGCACACUGUUUUAAGAGGUAUGGCAACAACACUAGGAACUAUAUCGUACGAGUUGGAGAUUAUCACACAUUGGUUCCUGAGGAGUAUGAGCAGAAAAUUGGAGUCCAACAGAUCAUGCUGCACAAAGAAUACAGGCCUGACAGCAACGACUAUGAUAUUGCACUAGUGAGGUUGCAGGGACCAGAAGAACAGUGUGCCAGAUUCAGCACCCAUGUCUUACCUGCAUGUUUGCCACUGAGGCGAGAGAGGCCACAGAAAACUGCCCCCAACUGUUAUAUCACUGGGUGGGGUGACACAGGAAGGGCCUAUUCAAGAACAUUACAACAAGCUGCCAUCUCCCUGCUUCCUAAGAGACGUUGUGAAGAGCGUUAUAAGAGAAGGUUCACAGGGAGGAUGCUCUGUGCUGGAAACCUCCAAGAACAGAAACAUGUGGACAGUUGUCAGGGAGACAGUGGUGGACCACUCAUGUGUGAACGUCCAGGGGAAAGUUGGGUUGUGUAUGGGGUGACUUCCUGGGGUUACGGCUGUGGAAUGAAAGACUCUCCAGGUGUCUACACCAAAGUCUCUUCCUUUGUACCCUGGAUAAAAAGUGUGACCAAACUGUGAUCAUCCCGACUCAAACAGUAAAAGGAAGUUUCUGAGUUAGAUGAGGCAGCUUGAACAGCACAGCCAAUGCACAGCUGGGGCCCACACUGGGUAGGAAAUGGACACAUUCUUCUGUUUUGCAUGUUUUUAUUUUUGUUGAAUCAAGGAUGCAUAUUCACACUAUUUGUACAGUUAGAUUAAUGUGCAAUUUCCCUCAUGUUGAGCAAAAGUUUAUAUUUGCAUGGGAAAAUGCAAUAUACAUAAGAUUGGAGGGGAAAAGGGGCCAACAUUUUACUCCAAUAUUGGAUUGGGACAAUUUCAGAGUUCAAUAUACUAGUUAUGCCCCACAGGAAGACUGCACUGGCAUUUAUGCUUCAGGUUCCUCCGAGAAUUACUUAUAAUCCUCACUUCCAGACUAACCUACUUUGUUUGAUGGUUGCCCCACUUAGAACUCCUCUAAUCUUAAAAAAGGCAUUGUCUUUCUAUUCUCAUGUAUGUUUCAGGUAUAAGCACAGCACAGGCUUUGCAUGCACAGGUCGCAUUUGUCCCUGGAUCAUUCUAAGUAACACAGUAGGUCUACACCCUUCAGUAGAGCAGAUUGAUUGCAAGACCUGCCAAUAAUUAAAACCCAAUUCUUCAGAACAAAUGUCCACACAGAUUAGCGUCCCCCACACUCUCCAAAUAAUGCACAAUGUCCAAGAACAACUGGUCAAUGCAGUGGGGUAGAGUAAAAUUCCGGCAAAUAAUGUGCCCUGUACACCCACAGGUGCCAGAUUAAAAAAAAAAGGGGGCGGGGGAGAUAGCAGUGUAUUUGAAUUUCAGAAACACAGAAUAUCUUCCUUUAAAGAAAUGCCAAAAAACACGUUAUUUUUGAUGGGAAUUACAUUGUCCUAUCCUGACAUCCACUAAAAACUGUGGAUGCACAAAAAGCACUGGCCUAAAGGAGAUAGGAUAAUCCAAAAAUUUUCCUUGAAUAAAAAUGAAGGUUACUUACCUAUAAUAGUUCUUUGAGAUGGGUCUGCAUAUUCACACUUAAAGGUACUCCACACUUAUAGGUACUCACUGCCUUUUGGUGCCUUACAGCAAACACCUGUUCCAACAGUGUGAGCUAGAGCAGUGUUUCCCAGCUGGUGUGCCAGAGCACACUGAUAUGCCACCCUCGUCAAACAAGUGUGCCACGGAAUUUUUUGAACAAGUACAUGUGAGGACCUGGGGGAAAGCCACCUUCUAGUUGGCUGUCUCCCUCGCUGCCCAGCCUCCUCCAGGGAUGGAGCAACCAACCAGAGCUCAAUGUCCCUCCUCUGUGUGAGCAAGGGAUUGGCUUCUCUGUCCCUCCCCUUCCCCGCUGUAGCCACCAGUUGGGGGGGAAGAGCCCCUGAAGCUCGAGGGGUGCCCUGGCAAAGAAAAUGUUGGGAACCACUGAGCCAGGGUGCUCUUGUAUCCCCCACCCUUCCCAUCAGCAUCACAAUGCACUGUGAGCGAGGCUAUAAGGGGUGGAAUGCCCUCACCACCUCAGUUCCUUCCACUGCAAAGCAAGAGACAGAAUAACAAUGACUCUGUCAGAGAAGGGAAGGUAGGAGGCAUGAAUAUGCAGACCCAUCUUGAAGAACUCCAAAUACAAGUAAGUAACCUUCAUUUCUUUGAGUGGUUCUGCAUAUUCUCACUUAAGGGAUAGACCGAUAAGUAGUGCUGAAACUAACAUGGGGGCAGGGACAGAUUCCUAGUUGAAUAGACUGAGGCGCUGCCUUGCCAAAUCUGGCAUCCAGGCUAGAAGCCAAGUCCAGAGCAUAGUGCUAGGUGAAAGUAUACACCUAAGUCCAUGUUGCAGCUUUGCAAGAUUUCAGCAUCUGGCACCUGCCUAAGACAAAGGAAGUAGCCACAGCUGUAAUGAAAUGUAGCUGGAUUGCAGCAGGCAUAGGGACGUUUGCCAAUGUGUAGAACUCAGCAGUACAUUGUUUAAUCCACUGACAACUAUCUUGUCCUUACGAAAAGAAGUAAUAAAAAAGUGAGUCAGCCACAAGGGCUUUCAAUUCACUUACUCUCCUGGCUGAUGCAAUGGCAAUAAUGAAAACUGCACAGGCAAACUGCUCAAGAGUGGACACAUUCAGAGUCCAUUCAUGCACACCCACUGUAGGUCCAGUCUGGCAGCUACAUAAUACCAAUACCUGCAACAUAUUUCUUUGCAGAUAUUUCAUCCAAUUCCUAAUCAGCUUGUUCACAUUAAAUUUAUGACAUGAGAAAAAAAAUUAGAGCCUAAAGCUGUAUGACUGCAGGUUAGUCCUUUCAAAUUCUAAGAUUUUUCUUUUCAAAAUGUAUGACUAAAAAAUAACAAAAUAGCCAGUUUUCAUAGACCUGUACCCCCCAAAAAGCAUUCAUUUGUUUCCUCGGCUGAUUCUCUACUAUUCUCAAGACUAUAGAAACCUAUGAUUAAACACUAUAAAAAGUAUUUCAGUGAAAAAUGCAACCCUUAUUGAUGUGGCAAUACAAGUAUUAAUUACACAAAAUUAUUUAUUAGUCCAUAAGAAACAGUCACUACGUUAUAACAUUGUUAUACUAACCUUCCUUUGUUAGUGGUCCCAAAAUUAUUCAAGAUACACAAACACGAAACUUGUGCUAUUUCUAGGAUAAAUGGGAUGCACAUUAAGGGCAUUCUAAACUGUUAUACACAAAUAUUUUCUUUGUUCAUGACAUCUUUGACAAACGAUCACUUUUUAAAAGAUGUAAUGAAACCUUUGUGGGCCAAGGAACAUUCAAAAGUGUGAAAAUG